UCCCGCUUCCCGGCCUGCUCCGGGAAUGCGCGGGGAGCGGAUUGGGUUGUUUUCAGUCUGGUUGGAUACUUUUCCCCUCCUGCAAACCUCGGGAAAAGCCUUUGGCGAGGGCCCCCCCCUCCGGCCUCUCCUUUGUUCUACCCUUGGGAAGGGCGGGUCAGGCUCUUCCUCGCCCGCUCCCGGCUUCCUUAAACCUGGAAUGCACCAGGGAGAGACGAUGUGUCCCUUCGGGCUUUUUUCGGCUCCUGGGAGAGCUUUUGUUUUUCCUCGGGCUCAUCCCCCUGUUCCUCAUCCCAAAACUUAUCCCUUGGAGCGGCCCCGGCCGCGUUUCGGGAGCUGGUGAGAUGGAUCCCGGCGAUCCCCAAAAACAGGGAUGAAUUCAGGCUUUGCAUGAAUUGCCUUCAUCACCCGCCGGCGAGCUCUGGGAUCAGCCAGGGAGCGGCAGGAUUCCCGCCGGAAGGAUCCCAGGAAUCCCGGCUUUUCCAGCAGGGAACGGGUGCAGGGGCUCCCGCCCGGCACAGAAAUAGUUAAACUGCGCUCAGUGCGCUCCUGGAAACCUGAACCCGGCCCAGGCGGGGAAGCAGCGGCUGUUCCGAGAGUGGGAAUGAGCUCCCGGGUUGGUGUUUGUGCCACGUGUUAUCACCCCGCGGCUGCUUUGAGAUCCUGGAGCUGGGAAUGUCGUGAUUUGUAAUCCAGCGGGGAUUUAGGGGAUAAGCAAAGAUCUCGGAGUUGGGAAUGUCAUGACUUGUAAUCAGACGCCAGCAGGCUGCUGGGGAGCCGACGGCGGAGCUAUGGGACGCUGCAGCCAGAUCCAUCCCACAUGGAGGUGUCAGGGUACCAGAGCCGCCCGUGGCGGGUGCUCCUGUGCCACGUGGGCUCCGUCCUCACCGCGGGGCUGCUCCUGCUGCUGUUCCACUGGAAGCCCAGCCUGGAAGUGCAGGCCAAGUGCAGACCCUGUGCCCUGGGCCAGGCCGACUGGGUCAUCAUCAGGGACCACUUCGGGCAGUGCUUCACCUCCAGGGUGCUGCUGGAGCCACUGGGCGAGGGCAGCCUGGAGCAGCCCCCUGGGGCGCGGCCGGAGGAGCGGCGGAGCAGCGUCGCCGUCGGAGUGUCGGAUGAGGAGGAGAGCCGGGACACCCUCCGGCUCCACGAGAACGAGGAGAAGAACGUCCUGAGGUAUUACCUGUUCCAGGGGAUGCGCUACGUGUGGCUGGAGCGGCGGCAGAUGUUCUGCAGGGUCAGUGUCCUGGAUGAGGGUUGGACUUGUGCAGAUCUCCACCUCUCCCAGCCUGGGCUGGACCAACAGGACCACAGCACCAGGAGGAAGAUCUACGGCCCGAACCUCAUUGAGGUGCCCGUCAAGUCCUACGCGAGGCUGCUGGUGGAGGAGGUGCUCAAUCCCUUCUACAUCUUCCAAGUGUUCAGCAUCGUACUGUGGGUGUGUGAUGCCUAUUACUACUACGCCGCUUGCAUCUUCCUCAUCUCCACCGUCUCCCUGAGCUUGUCCCUCUACGAGACCAGGAAGCAAAGCACCACGCUGCAGGCCGUGGCCAGGAUGUCGGUGGGCGUCCGAGUGCGCCGACGCGGCAGAGAGGAGACGAUGGUGAGCUCGGUGGAGCUGGUGCCAGGGGACUGCAUCAGCAUUCCCGGGGACGGGCUGCUGGUGCCCUGCGAUGCUGCACUGCUGACGGGCGAGUGCAUGGUCAACGAGAGCAUGCUGACGGGGGAGAGUGUGCCGGUGAUGAAGACGCCGCUGCCGGCCGGGGCGCAGGCAGACGGGGCCGUGUACUCCCCGGAGGAGCACCGGAGGCAUACCCUGUUCUGCGGGACACACGUCAUCCAGGCCAAGGCCUACGUGGGGGGGGAAGUGCUGGCCGUGGUGACCCGCACAGGGUUCUGCACGGCCAAGGGGGAUCUCAUCGGCUCCAUCCUCUACCCCAAACCCGUCAGCUUCAAGUUCUACAAGGACGCCGUGAAGUUCGUCCUGUUCCUCGCCGUCCUGGCUUUCGUCGGCACCUUGUACAGCAUCCUCAUCCUGGUUAGGAACCAGGUGCCCAUGGGGCAGAUCAUCAUCCGCGCCCUGGACCUGGUGACCGUCAUCGUGCCGCCGGCGCUGCCGGCCGCCAUGACCGUGGGCACCAUCUACGCCCAGAACAGGCUGAAGAAACAGGGAAUCUUCUGCAUCAGCCCCCCCCGGAUCAACCUGUGCGGGAAGAUCCGCCUGGUUUGCUUCGACAAGACGGGAACGCUGACGGAGGAAGGGCUGGACGUGUGGGGGGUGGUGCCCCUGGAGAACAACCGGUUCCUGCCCAUCGUCCACGAGCCGCGGCGCCUCCUGGCUGGGCCCCUGCUCCACGCCCUGGCCUCCUGCCACAGCCUGUCCCUGCUGCGGGCACAGCUCGUCGGGGACCCCGUGGACCUCAAAAUGCUGGAAUCCACCGGCUGGCGCCUGGAGAUGAUGGAGGAGGAGGAGGGGGAGCUCCCGGUCUUCCAGCAGUUUGGGAUGAAGGUCUUGGCUGUGGUGAAACCUCCCCCUGAGGAAGAGCAGCCCUGGGACAGGAAGCACCAGUUGCCCCUGGGGAUCCUCCGGCGCUUCCCUUUUUCCUCCUCCUUCCAGAGGAUGAGUGUCCUGGUGAAGCUCCCCGGAGAAGCCGUAGCCCACGUGUACGUCAAGGGCGCCCCGGAGAUGGUGGCCAGUCUGUGCAGGAAGGAAACUGUGCCCCUGGAUUUCUCCCAGAUGCUCCGACACUACACCACGGAUGGUUUCCGAGUCUUGGGUCUGGCUGGCAAAGCCCUGGGCACGGUGGCCACCUUCGAGGAGGCCCUGCAGCUGCCCAGGGACUCCGUGGAGAGCAGCCUGAGCUUCCUGGGAUUCCUGGUCAUGAGGAACGUCCUCAAGCCAGAGUCUGCGCCCGUGAUCCAGCUCCUGAGGAACGCCAACAUCCGGCCCGUCAUGGUGACAGGGGACAACAUGCUGACGGCGCUGAACGUGGCCCGCGGCUGCCGCAUGGUGGAGCCCCGGGAGCGGCUCAUCUUCGUCUCGGCCUCCCCGCCCGGGCACGGCAAACCCGCCGCACUCCGAUUCCUGCCGGCCGAGGAUUCCCAGGGCGAGGAGCAGCCCCAGGGCCUGGAGCAGCGGGAUGGCUCCUCCCCCCCUCCCCAGCCCUGCCACUUGGCCCUCAAUGGAAAAUCCUUCCAGGUGGUUUGUGAGCACUUUGCCGACCUGCUGCCCAGGAUCCUGCUCCGAGCCACCGUGUUCGCCCGCAUGUUGCCCGAGCAGAAGACUCAGCUGGUGUGCAGCCUGCAGGAGCUCAACUACUGCGUGGGGAUGUGCGGGGAUGGGGCCAAUGACUGCGGGGCGCUGCGGGCGGCCGACGUGGGCAUCUCGCUGUCCGAGGCCGAGGCGUCGGUGGCGUCGCCCUUCACGUCCCGCGUGGCCAACAUCGAGUGUGUGCCCAGGGUGAUCCGGGAGGGCAGGUGCUCCCUGGUCACCUCCUUUGGUGUGUUCAAGUACAUGGCCCUGUACAGCCUCGUGCAGUUCGUGUCUGUGCUGCUGCUCUACACGCUCAACACCAACCUGAGCGACUUCCAGUUCCUGUUCUUCGACCUGGUGAUCACCACCACGGUGGCCGUGCUGAUGGGCCGCACGGGCCCCGCCCGCGCGCUGGGCCUGGCGCGGCCCCCGGGCACCCUCAUCAGCGCCCUGGUGCUGGGCAGCCUCCUGCUGCAGACAGCCCUGCUCAUCGCCGUGCAGGUCCUCAGCUACUUCAUCACCGUCUCGCAGAGCUGGUUCGUCCCCCUGAACAGCACAGUGACAGCCCCCCAGAACCUGCCCAACUACGAGAACACCGUCCUGUUCUGCGUCAGCGGCUUCCAGUACCUCAUUCUGGCCGUGGCCAUGUCCAAGGGAUACCCCUUCCGGGAGCCCCUCUACACCAACGUGCUCUUCCUGCUCAUCCUCGUCCUGCUUUUUGGCCUCAUGAUCUGGUUGACCCUCUACCCAUUGGGCUUCCCCAAAACCCUCCUGAAGCUCCACGGCAUCGAGGACCUGAACUUCAAGCUGCUGCUGCUGGGAAUCGCCGCCCUCAACUUCUUUGCUGCCUUCGUGCUGGAGACCGCCCUGGACCACGGCCUGCUCCGCUGCUGCCGCAGGAUACGCCAGAAAAAAGCCUCCAAGAAGCUCUUCAAGAGGCUGGAGAAGGAGCUGAGCCAGCAGCAGCCGGGCUGGCCCCCCCUUAACGAGCCCCUCUUUGCCACCCCCAGGAUGGCCAUGGCCCUGAGAUAGCAGGCGUGGGGCCCUCCCGUGCCACCCUUGGCCAAUGGCCUUUAUUUAUUGAUCCCAGGAAAAGGAGGGAUGCGGCGGGCGGGAUCCCGUGGGACACCCUCGGCAUGGCAGCUCUGGGGCCACGGUCGUGGUGUUCCCGCAGGGAGGAGGUGGUGGAGGAGAAGCGGGAGGAGAAGAUCCAGAGGAAGAGGAGGAACCGGCGGGGCUCUUCCUCCAGGGUUUCUCCUGCUCCUGUGCCAGGCACCGGGGCCGUUCCGCAGCGGAAUUCCACCUCCCUCGUCCUCUCCUGGCUGCCCAAACUGAGCUCCAUGACCUCUUUCCAGCUGGAAUUUCCUAGAAAAUAAUAAUUAUGGCUGGAAAACUGCAGGUGGCCUGGCCAAGACCCCAAAACUCACUCCGAGGAAACGCCGCAGACGGAGGUGCUGCAUCCCAAAAACAGAGGAGGGUCCCUGAUCUUCUCCUGGCGAGGGCACCCCCCCGACCUCGUGUCCAUGUCACUGUGACUCCCCUCCGUGGCCCUCCCUAGAUGUGUAGGAAGUUUACAGUCCCCAUUCCCAGCUUGCCAAGGAUACUGCUCCAUCCUGGGGACCGACCGCAGGCCCCUUUCCCGCUUGGAAUGUUCCUGCAGGGCACUUCUGCUUCCGGCUGGGACCUUUGUAGCAUUAAAAAAAAACCAGAUCUCUUUAUUUUUUAACUGCACUCCAAUGCCUCGAGGUGUAAAAACCAUGGGGAGGGUGAAGGUGCCAAUUCCAGGUUCUGGAUGGCGCCAAUUCCAGAUUCCGGAUGGUGCCAUCACGGGUGUUGUCUAAUAAAUUAACACUAUUUUCUUGA